AUGGAAAAAAAUAUAUUGAAGAAGUAUAAGAGUUUCUUUAAUUUUGUCAGUAAUGUAAAAAGCCAAACGGAUAAGGAAAAGAACAUUCAGUUCAGUCAAAAUUUGUAUUUGAAGAAUAUAUCAAAGAGUAAUUAUAAUGUUAAAAAUAAUACCGAUCAAAUAUACGACAAUAAACUUUUCUUAAAAUAUUGGGUACGGAAAAAAAGACCAGGAGCUAGAAAUUGA